UUAUCAAUCGCAUGCAAGUGUGCGGAACCAAAAUCUGAAAAUUGUAACUUUUAGUCCAGACCGCUGUAAAAAUGGUUUAUUGCUAAGUAAAACCUCCGGAAAACUAAAAAAACAAACGCUCCCGUAUAAAAUAACCUUGUAGGCGUCCGUAAGAAACCAACAAUUCAAUAUGCACCGAUUAGCCAGAACCGGAACUGUUUUGGCCUUGUAUCGGCAAAGUCCGACGGCAGUGCUAUCACGGUUUGAGAAUGUCGCCCUCCAGUGUAGUGCGUGCUACUCCUCCCGACGGCCCGGAUUCUUCUCCCAGGUGCUGGACAACAUCAAGCAGGAGAUGGAGAAGAACAAAGAGAUGAAGGAAAAUCUGAAAAAGUUCCGUGCCGAAGCGCAGAAGCUGGAAGAAUCGGAAGCCCUCAAGGCGGCGCGUCAAAAGUUCAACACCGUCGAGUCGGAAGCCUCCAAGGGAAGCGAAGUGCUGAAAGAUAAUCUCGGCAAAAUACGGGGGAAGGUUACUGAAGUAUUGGACGAGGCAUCGAAAACGGACUUUGCCAAGAAGGCCGGAAAGAUCGGGGAGGAGCUCGGCAAAACCGCCAAAGGAAUGGGUGAAACAAUUGCCGAGAAAGGACAGGAGCUGGGCAAAACGGGAGCUUUUCGGGGAAUUUCCGAAGCAACAAAAGCCGUACGGCAAGAAAUCGACAGUCAAGGUAUCCAAUCGAGGGUUUAUCGGGCUCCGGAACAGUUGCGAAAACGAAUCGAGAUUAAUUUGGCCGAUGCGAAUCGAGUUUUCGAGGCAAACACCGAAGCUGUCGGCAUGGAGCUACACAAGGAUAGCAAGUUCUACGAAAGCUGGGAAAACUUCAAGAACAACAACGCUUACGUGAAUAAAGUUCUCUCGUGGAAGAUGAAGUACGACGAAUCGGAAAAUCCGAUGAUAAGGGCUUCCAGACUGCUAACAGACAAGGUGAGCGACGUGAUGGGCAACCUCUUCUCAAAAACCGAGCUGUCGGAAACGCUCACGGAGAUCUGCAAAAUCGACCCGAACUUCGACCAGAAACAGUUCCUGCGUGAUUGCGAGACCGACAUCAUCCCAAACGUGUUGGAGGCGAUGGUUCGCGGUGAGUUGGAAAUUCUUAAGGACUGGUGCUUCGAGAGCACAUACAACAUAAUUGCGACCCCAAUCAGUCAGGCCCAGAAGGCGGGCUACUUUUUAGAUUCGAAAAUCCUCGAUAUCGAAAACGUGGAUCUGGCAAUGGGCAAGGUGAUGGAACAGGGACCGGUGCUCAUUAUAACCUUCCAAACGCAGCAAAUUAUGUGCGUGCGGGACAGUAACUUGGUUGUCGAGGGGGAUCCGGAGAAGAUUAUGCGAUGCAAUUACGUGUGGGUACUGUGUCGGGAUCCGAACGAGCUAAAUCCGAAAUCGGCAUGGCGGUUAAUGGAACUGCAGGCCAACAGUAUCGAACAGUUUGUGUAAGUAGGAAGGGACUUAAGAAAUUGUUAGCGUUAAACGUAGCAGGGGGAACCUUACUCCGGGAGCCAGUAAAAAUACGAACAGUUGAUAUCUGCGUUGGUUCGUGUUUUGAAAAACCUUCCGGACGUUAGACCGUUACAAAUCUUUGGAACAAGUGAUCCGGUUUUAUCAUCUUGGAUCUAUCGGAAGCUUUCGGUAGCAACCAGAAAAAAUUGCAAGAAACCAGUGUAUGUGCGCUAUGAGCUGAUGAUAGCUUUUAACUUUGUUUAAGUUAAUGGAUUUAGUAAGGAAUUGCGCAGAUGUAAAGACUAUUAAGGAGAGCACUACUACAAUAAAAGGAAACUUUUUCGUUUGUACAGUAA